GCCAUAUCGCUUACCAUGUUCCCAAUACGUUUGGAGUUUGAAGUGUUCAACUGUAGCCGCACGAUAGACCUGAUCGUUGGUGGUGUGGAUACCAAGAAGAAGGAGUUCCCGCAUCAGGCUCUGCUCGGAUGGAGUACGGAAGAUGCUGGAAAAUAUAAUUUCCGCUGUGGUGGUUCUUUGAUCAGCGAGCAGUAUGUACUGACGGCAGCACAUUGCACCGUGCUCGAUGGUCAAUCGCCAGUGAUCGUACGCAUGGCUGAAGUGAAUCUGACCAACGAGUACGACAAUCAAGUCGAUUUCGACAUCGCCAACAUUACCCCUCCUAGGGUGUACUCGUUUCUUCAGUCCUAUCAUGAUAUAGCCUUGAUCAAGCUGAGGCGUAAGGUUAUCUUCUCGGACUUCAUCCGCCCGGCUUGCCUGUGGGAUUCGGCCCAAUUGAAUGCAACGUCGGUCAUUGCAACGGGCUUUGGACACACAAUGUUUGCAAGUGGCACGAUGUCCAACACGCUUCGCAAGGUACAGCUGAAUGCACUGGAUCGGAGCAAGUGUCAGGAAGUGUACAGUAUGGAUCGAAAGUUUAGUCAAGGUGUCAUUGAACACCAGCUGUGCUAUGGAAGCAAGGAAGGCGGACGGGAUACAUGCCAGGGUGACUCCGGUGGGCCGAUUCAGGUGCUUACGGAUUCGGCGGAUUGUACCUACUACGUUGUGGGAGUUACCUCAUUCGGUGUAUCGUGUGGUACUGCAAACACACCGGCAAUCUACACCAGAGUUGCCAGCUACAUCGAUUGGAUCGAGAGCAUCGUGUGGCCGUGAUGGGAGAAAAUUGAUCAAAUGCUAUCA